UUGUGCGCACGUCCUUGUCUUCCUCCCUUACUUACCUUCUAUUCGCAUACGCUGCUACAUUUUCCAGGCAUCAGCUAAGAAAUAACAUAAAACUGUAAUAAAAAAUGUCGUGUGGUAAAAACUUCAGGAGGAGAAGAGAGUCGUCAGAUGAGGAAGAAGACGAGAUAACUGAAGAAGUCAGAUCAAAAGUAGAAGAGGCUAAAGAGCUUCAGACUUUGCGAAGACGACAGAAAGGAGUCAGUGUGACUGCCCUUUUAGUUGGAGAUACACUGCCACCAGACGCUGAAAUUGAUAAUGACCCAUUUAAACUGAAGACUGGAGGUGUUAUAGACAUGAAGAAGGUCAAAGACAGAAACAGGGACAUGACAGAGGAAGAGACGGACCUCAACCUGGGAACCUCUUUCUCUGCUGAGACCAACAGAAGAGACGAGGAUGCCGACAUGAUGAAAUAUAUCGAGACAGAGCUGAAAAAGAGGAAGGGCUUGGUGGAGGCAGAGGAACAGAAAGUUAAAGUGAAGAACGCAGAGGAUCAUCUGUAUGAGCUGCCCGAGAACAUCAGAGUCAACUCUGCUAAGAAAACAGAGGAGAUGUUGUCCAAUCAGAUGCUGAGCGGAAUCCCUGAAGUGGACCUUGGCAUAGAUGCAAAGAUCAAGAACAUCAUCUUCACAGAGGAGGCAAAAGCCAAGCUUCUGGCAGAACAAAGGAACAAGAAAAAAGACAACGGCACAUCGUUUGUGCCGACCAACAUCGCCGUCAACUACGUCCAACACAACCGCUUCUAUCGUGAGGACGUGAAUGCACCACAGAGGCAUCACAGACACAGAGAAGAGCCCAAGGCGAGACCACUGCGUGUAGGAGACACAGAGAAACCAGGACCAGAAGCACCUUCCCCGCCCAACUACCGCAAACGCCCCAACAACGAAAAAGCCACAGACGACUACCACUACGAGAAAUUCAAGAAGAUGAAUCGAAGAUACUGAGAAGCUGCAUGUUUUUUUUUACAUGUACAUUUUUAAAGCAAUUCAGACAAAUUAUCAUUUUUUUGGUAGAUGGCUUUUCCCAAAACUGACACAGUGAUGACGGUGAUGUAAAUAUUGUAAAUACAUCUGUGGCCACUCACAUUCUUAGUUGAUACUGAAGAAAUCACAGAACACCAAAAAAUGUCAGAAAAUACAGUGCGGACAUUGGUCAGAUUGAGUUUAAUCCCAGCUCUGAAUUGUUGAAUGUUGUUUUCCUCCUGUAGUGUUGCUUUCAGAAACAAGAUUUGAUUAAAAAUUAUGAAAAACCAA